AUGAAUCAUCAGUUUCGAGCAGGUUUUGUCGACUUCUUCUUCUCCCGUGGGCAGUCCUCGGCUCUGAGGGAUGAAUACUACGGCGGACUUCUCGCCGGCGGGUUCGACGACGGCGGCUUCUGCCUGAGCAGGAACCAGUCGGCUAUGCUCCGCAAGCCCUCGCCUUACAAGCCGUCCACCUACCUCGUGAAGAUGCUCCGCCGGUACGAGGACCGUCACCGGAGAUGCGGCCCCCACACGGCCUCCUACAACAAGACUACGGAGUUCCUGAAAUCCCGCGGCGCCGCCGCGAGAUCGGCGGAGAUGGAGUGCAAGUACGUCAUAUGGACGCCCCUCGCGGGGCUAGGGAAUAGGAUCCUUUCUCUCUCGUCCACCUUCCUCUACGCUGUCCUCACAGGCAGGGUCCUCCUGAUCGACCGGGGGAAGGACUUCUCCAGCCUCAUGUGCGAGCCCUUCCCGGGAACUACCUGGCUGCUGCCGCGGGACUUCCCCAUCUCCAACAUGAGGUCCUUCGGCCUCGGAGACGCCCUGAGCUAUGGCAGCUUGCUCAGGAACAAGAGAAUCAGAAACGACGUGGUCGACCGCCCAGUCUCCGGCCCCCCUCCGCCGCCGUUCGUCUACGUGCACCUGGUCGGCGACUACAGCCUCCAAGACAUCUUCUUCUUCUGCGAGCAGGAUCAGCUGGCCCUCCGGGAGGUCCCUUGGCUGCUCGUGAGGUCGGACAACUACUUCGUCCCGGCCCUCUUCUUGAACUCAAUAUUCGAACCGGAGCUCCGCUUCAUGUUCCAUGAAAAGGAGGCGGUAUUCCACCACCUCUGCCGCUACCUCUUCCACCCCACCAAUAAGGUCUGGGGGAUGGUCACCAGCUACUACCAGACUUACCUCGCCGCGGCGACGGAGAGGGUAGGGAUUCAGAUCAGGGUCUUCGACAAGGGGGAGGCCCCCUUCGAGGUCGUCCUGAGGCAAGUGAUUAACUGCACUCUCCAGGAGAAACUGCUGCCCUGGGUUGACCAAAAGGGUGCGGUCUCCGAGGCUGACCGGAGAAAGACCAAGGCCGUUCUCAUCACCUCUCUCUACUCCGGGUACUUGGAAGGGAUACAGAACAUGUAUUUGGAACACCCGGCCGCCGGCGGCAUGCUCGUCAGCUUCCACCAGCCCAGCCACGAGGAACGACAGGUGAAGGACAAGGAGGACCACGACAUGAAGGCGUGGGCGGAGAUGAAUCUGCUGGGCUUCGCCGAUGUGCUGAUCACCAGCGCCCAGUCGACCUUCGGCUACAUCGGCCAGGCCCUCGGCGGCGUGAAGCCUUGGAUUCUCCUCCGGCCCGAGAAGGCCGCCGUGCCGGAGCCCGCCUGCGUUCGGGACAUCUCCAUGGAACCCUGCUUCCACUCGGUACCUCAUUACGUCUGCAGGGAGAAGAAGAAUGGCGACAACAGCAAAUUGGUCCCAUACGUUACCCAUUGUAAGGACGCUCCGUGGGGGAUCAAGCUAGUCGAUCAAGCCGUGUAG